AUGCACAAGGCACUUCUUGGGGGCCCCGAGAUCUUCAAGGAAGGUGCAGGCGAAGACCGAGGCGAAUUCGCCCGGCUGCAGGCCUUCAUCGGAGCUAUAGCCAUUGGCGACAUGGUGAAGUCCACCCUGGGACCAAAAGGCAUGGACAAGAUCCUGCAGCCUGCUGGCCAGGGACCCGGGUCCAAUGCCACUGUGACCAACGAUGGAGCCACGAUCCUAAAGUCCGUUUGGAUCGACAACCCUGCAGCCAGGAUUUUGGUCGACAUCUCCAAGACACAGGAUCAGGAAUGUGGCGAUGGCACGACAUCAGUUGUGGUGCUUGCAGCUGAGAUGCUGCGAAAUGCGCAGAAUCUAGUGGAGGCGAAGAUGCAUCCCCAGGUCAUCAUCCGAGGCUACCGCAUGGCUUUGGCAGCCGCUCGGGCCAAGCUAGAAGCACUGGCAAUGGACAACGGCAGCGAUCCCGUGAAAUUUCGCGAGGAUCUCUUGAGGAUAGCCAGGACCACUCUGAGCUCCAAGCUGCUACAGCACGAGAAGGACCAUUUUGCGACGUUGGCCGUCGAUGCAGUUCUUCGUCUGGGUGGAAAGCCAAAUUUGGACUACAUCCAGGUGCUGAAAAAGCCCGGGGCCUCCCUGAAGGACUCCUUCCUGGAGGAGGGGUUCAUCCUGGAGAAGAGAAUUGGUGUUGGCCACAAGAAGCUGCUCGAAGAUUGCAAGGUCCUGGUGGCAAACUGCCAAAUGGACACGGACAAGGUCAAGAUCUAUGGAGCUCGGGUGAAGGUGGACUCUCUGGAAGCCGUGGCAGAGAUCGAGCAAGCCGAGAAGGAGAAGAUGAAGGCAAAGAUAGAGAAGAUCGCCGCACACAAGUGCAAUGUCUUCAUCAACCGGCAGUUGAUCUACAACUAUCCUGAUCAGUUGCUCAAGGAGUCGGGGGUCAUGGCGAUCGAGCAUUCGGACUUCGACGGUUCCGAGCGCUUGGCCGCUGUUCUCGGAGCAGACAUUGUCUCCACUUUUGAUAACCCAGAGCUGACGACGCUUGGCACGUGCAAAAAGAUCGAGGAGAUCAUGAUUG